AUGGAUAAUCAACAAGACAGCCCCAGCGCUGCUUCACAACCUAGGCAUCCACACUUUAACUUGGCUCGCCAAGUCGCCGCAGAGAUGCCCAGCCUUUGGUCCCGGAUCACUCGCCGAUCGGAUGAUGAGCAUCUUUGCUCUAAAAACGAGACCUGCGGUCGUGGCAUCAGUCCCAAUGCUACCAACUUGGCUAUUGCCCUUGGAGUAGUAAUCCCCGUCGUCGCUGCCGCCAUCACAUUCUUCAUUCUCCACCGAAGAAGCGUCAAACGUAUGCACAUGGAAGACGCGAAAUAUCGAGAAACCGACCUCGACUAUGGCCUCGAUGAAGCUCCGUCCAAGGGAAAGCGAAUGACGGCCAUGUUUGGUGCCGCUGGUGAAAAGCAGCAGCACCGUCCUGGCCAGCUGUCCAUGGAUAUGAACCUCUCGUCACCAUACCUGCUCCCUCCCGAUCUUAACGGGUCCAAGGAGUCGAUUCACUCCCUCGCCAAGUCCUACCACAACCAGCAGGAUCCUUACCACACUGUGCCUCUCUACUGUGGUGGCGAUGGCUCUUCCGUCCGCUCGUUUCCCAGAGAACCCUACUCUCCCAUGAGCAGCAAACGCCAGUCUUUCGCCAGCAACCUCCCUCCUCGCACACACUCCAAGUCGCAGUCUCCUCUCUCUGCCGACCCUUUCGCUACGCCGACCGAGCCACUGCCUGCUCACAUUGCCCAAGUCGACGUGCCUCCCUCCGUUCCCGACAAGAACCUGCCCGUUCAGCCAGUUGUCCCGGAGAUUGGCACGGUUCACAACGCCCACGCAGACGAUGAGAGUAUUUAUGAGAUGCCUGACGUUGCUUCGCCUCCCGCCGCCGUUACCAAGGACCCCCACACCGGUCUGCCCAUGGACAACAACUUUCGCUUCGAGCUUCCCGGUACCGUUGACCAGGAGCCUAACGUUGGUGUUGCUCAGCUCAGCGAUGAUCUUGGCCACCAGGAUCCCCACGACCAUGGUCUGGGCCUCAAUGUUGAACUUCCAACCAUCAUGUCCCCCGAGACUAUGCAUGGACAUGACGACAGCCACGCAGUCUAUGACGACCACGGCAACGCCUACCCUCAAAUCCAGACAACCGAAUACUACGAAGACACGCACUAUGUAGUCGAUGACGUGCAGCAAAACCACCUGGAGGGAUUGGGCGUCCCGCAAACAACAGCCAAGAGACUGUCUGUUGGUGUCGUGCCUCUGCCCCCGGCAGAGGUCACACAAUCCGAGGACCCUGAAUACCGCGCCAACCGUAUCAGAUCUUUCUACAAGGAGUAUUUUGAGGACUAUGCCGAGGCACCGCCCCUGCCCACCCAGGGAGAACAUCAUCAUGACGACUACAACGCUGGCUAUCUUGGCGACGCUGCCUACUACGACGCCGACAGCAACGCCUUUGUCAUGCCAUAUGCCCAGUCUGUUACUCGCCGUGCUAUGACGCCACCUCCCGGAGGCGCCCGUCGUGGCCCGCCUGGUCCUCGAAGACCCCGUGGUCCUGGUUCUGUCGGUGGCAUGAGCCUGCCUGGAGGACGUGGUCGCAUGCGCGCUGGCUCCCACGGUCAAUUCGGCCGCCCACCGCCCAAGAAGAAGCUUCCUCCCCCUGCCGCUCUCAAAACGCUGCCAACACCCUCCAAGCUCACAGACGACACAGCGCUCAUCAAUGCCAUGGACUUUGCGCCGCCAGAACUGUUCAAGGACCACGCAGCUGGUCGCAGCCAGAGCCCCCUGGGUGAACGCCGACCAUACAAGCCAGGACACGCUGGUGCUUCGCCUAUGGUCACGGCCUUUGACGAACUCGCUCCUCUCCCCAGCCCGCACUUGCUCCGCAAGUCGUCCACCUUUACCGGUCUGGACUUUGCACCGCCCAAGAAGUUCAAGGAGGACGGAACCUCGAGCGACGCCGGAAGUAUCAGGAGUAACCGCAGCGGCAUCUCGGCUGUGCAGCUCGGCGCCAUCAGAAGUGGCGCCGGACGUGUCAGCCGUCUGCCCGGCGAUACUGUCUUUGCGGCGGGCAAUUUUGGCGACCAAUUGAAGCCUCAAUGGGGUAUGCGUCAGUAA